UAAUCCCCGCGAGUCACAGUUGAUUUUCAGGUGGAAUGUGAGAGUGGAAAUGGCUACCUUGGCGUUCGCGAGCCUAACAUCUCCUCCAUUCUGGUCGGCGCGAAGGUCUCUGCCCAUCCAUGGAAGAUUCGCUUUUCUCCAUAAAACGCUGGGUUGGGGUCGGAGAUCUCUGCUGCUUCCCAUAACAUGUUCUUCUUCCGAAUCCGAGCCGAACCAAAACGCCGACUCCGAUGCCAAAACGGCGCCGUUGUCUUCGAGUAGCUUAACCGACAAACUAUAUGUAGGGCUCGGAGGCGUUGGGUUUCUAGAAACGACGUACUUGACGUAUCUCAAGCUAACGAAUUCCGAUGCCUUUUGCCCAAUCGGCGGUGGUAGCUGCGGCGACAUCCUCAGCAGCGAUUACGCAGUCGUUUUUGGUGUUCCUCUUCCAUUGUUUGGGAUGGUUGCAUAUGGGUUAGUUGCUACUCUUGGUGUGCAGCUAUUGACUGCAAAGAAGUUGCCUUUUGGGAUUGGUGAAUCUAAUGCUCGCCUGGUUUUACUUGGGACUACAACUUCCAUGGCAGCUGCUAGCGCUUGUUUUUUGUACAUUCUUAGCACUAAAUUUUCAGGAGCUUCUUGCUCGUAUUGUUUGUUAUCAGCUUUGCUCUCUUUCACCUUAUUUUUCAUCACUUUAAAGGAUUUAGGGUUGGAAAAAGUACAGAAAGAGGUGGGCUUGCUGCUGUGUAUAGCUAGCUUGGUGUUUGUGACUCUCAACAGGUCAUAUAGUGCUUAUCCGCCUGUCUCCUCAAGCCCGUCGGAAAUUGAUCUUCCAUAUUUUACAACUGAGAUAACAACACCGUCAAGUCCUUUUGCUAUAGCUCUUGCAAAGCAUCUGAAAGCUAUAGGUGCUAAAAUGUAUGGGGCUUUCUGGUGUUCGCAUUGUGUAGAACAAAAACAGAUGUUUGGACGUGAGGCAGCAAAGCUGCUGAACUAUGUUGAGUGCUUCCCUGGUGGAUUUAGGAAGGGAACUAUAAUGGAAAAGGCAUGUAUUGAUGUUGGAAUUGAAGGUUUUCCUACAUGGGUGAUCAACGGGCAGGUUUUGAGUGGAGAAAAAGAUUUUACAGAGCUCGCACAGGAAUCUGGGUUUGAGUUGAAUGAAUCCAGUCCUCCCCCAUAGAUUAAGCCAUUGUGUUUAGUAUGCCAUCACACGUAAAGAUCAUAGAAAACUUCUUGUAUUAUUACAUAGCCGAUCAUUGAUUGCGACGACUGGGAGGCACCUUGGGGUGUUCAUUAUCUUGUACAACUCUUGCCUGUAACUGUAAGCAUUUGUUACAUUUCACUGGAAUGAAGAAACUAGUUAGAUGUGUAGAUUGGAAACUUAUUAUUGAUUUACGAGAUUUAAGAGUCCUUUGUAAUA